AUGGCCGCAGCAACAGGGCAGGACUCUGUACCGAUCGAGACCCACCACGAUGACAUGAUCCAUGAUGCUCAAUUAGAUUUUUACGGAAAACGCCUGGCUACUUGUUCAUCUGAUCGCACAAUUAAAAUCUUUGACGUUAUCAACGGCGAACCGCAACGACAACAAAAUGCUGGGGUUACACUCAAGGGCCAUACCGGUCCCGUGUGGCAAGUCGCAUGGGCACAUCCAAAAUACGGACACAUUCUUGCAAGUUGCUCCUACGACGGCAAGGUCCUGAUCUGGAAGGAGCAGCAGGGCGGACAGGGAGGUGCUGGGGCAACGACCAACACGGGAUACGGUCAGGUUCCGUAUGGUGGAGCUGCUGCCGCUGGGGGAGCUGGGAACUGGGCCCGGGUAAAGGAGCACAGUUUGCAUACUGCGUCUGUGAACUCUAUAUCCUGGGCUCCUCAUGAGCUAGGCGCCAUCGUUGCCUGCGCAUCUUCAGAUGGAAAACUAUCGGUCUUGAGCUUCAAGAAUGAUGGAACCUGGGGAGCCGACAUCUUCAAUGCUCACAACGUAGGAUGUAAUGCUGUCUCAUGGGCUCCCGCAACCCUCCCAGGCUCGCUCAUCACACCUACCCCUGGCGUUCCUAACGCAAAUCCCAAUGCUCCCCCUCUACCACUCAAGAUCUGGGGGUUCAGGGAGGACAACCAAACAUGGGUUGAAGAGGAGGUGCUGAAAGGACAUACCGACUGGGUUCGCGACGUCGCAUGGGCGCCGAACAUUGGGCUUCCAAGGUCAUACAUCGCGACUGCUUCCCAGGAUCGUACGGUGAUCAUUCACUCGAAAGCAACUCCCACCUCUGCCUGGACUCAGACGUUCCUGCACCCAACCUCGGACGCAAACGAGACCAAGUUCCCGGAUGUCGUCUGGCGCGUGUCGUGGAGUCUGGCGGGGAACAUAUUGGCAGUUAGCUGCGGAGAUGGAAAGGUGACGCUGUGGAAAGAAAACCUGAAGGGUGGAUGGGAGUGCAUAAGUGAGAUGGCAAACUAG